UCCAGCUGGUGACUGAGUCGGGGGGAUCCCCUAGAACCCAGUGACUUCUGCCCCCAUCACACGCUAACAUGAAAGCUGCCAGCCUUUCCCCCUUCUUUGUGGCCACCGUGCUCCUCUCCUUCCCCCCAGCCCUGAGCUUGGAAGAGAGGACCCCUCUCGCCGGCUCCCGGCCUGGGCAGCAGUUGCAGCGAGAACCCCCCAGCUUCUCCCGGCUCCAGAGGAAGAGCCUGGCGGUAGAUUUCAUCGUCCCUUCCCUGUUCCGGACCUACCUGCGGGACCUGCUGCUGGGCGGAGGGGAAGCAGUGGGCUGGCUCCAGGCGCGCUGCAGCCUAGUGCUGGAGUGCUCGCCCCUGCUUCGGGCGGCGAACUCCUGGCUUCCCGGAGCCGGAUCCCCGCAGCAGCCAGCCCGGGCUCGAGCCCUGUCCAAGGUGCUGAAAGGGGGCUCGGUGCGGAAGCUCCGCCGAGCCAAGCAGCUGGUGCUGGAGGUGGGAGAGGGGAGCCUGCGGGAUGGCUGCGCCUGGGACCCGGCCCAGGCAGCGGGCGAAGAAGCAGAGCCAGCUGCGGGCGAGCUGGAGUUUAACCUCACGGAGCUGUUCAGCUGGUGGAUCCGCUCCGGAGAAGGAAGGCUGAGAAUCCGGCUGAUGCCCGAGAGGAAGGCGGCAUUCCUGGGCAGGGAGACCAGCUUAUCCGCGGCGAUCAGAGCCUCCCAGCCCCGCCUUCUCUUUCAGAUCUCCAGGAGAGGUCUGAGCACUUUGGAAUCUCCCAUGAAUAUUCCUUUUCUCCCCCCUGAUUUCUCUGCCUGGAAUUUAACUUGGGUCAUGAAAGAUGCUUCCCCUUUCUUCCCUCACAGAGGACAGCAUGUAUUUGACUGCAAUUUUGAAUUGCCUUGUGAGCUGGAAUAUUCUCCUCCACUGAAGGACAAAGAAAACCACAACAGGACCUGGCACAGAGUGAGUGCAGAGGAGCUAAACCUUUUGCAUGGACCAGAGAGAGAUCACUCCGAGGAUUCACCAAGAGGUUCAUUCCUGUUCCUCAAUACAUCAGAAAGCAUGAGCCCCAUCAUCUUGAGCCCCUGGCUGAGGAGCAACAGUGAGCAAUGCACUAUGCAGGUGUCUGUGUACAGGCAUCUCCAACAAAGCGGGAACUAUAUUGCUCGGCUUCUCCCUGCUGACGAAAGUAGCAGUGAAAUCUUGUUGGCCCCAAGUCAAGAGAAACAUGGAUGGAUGCUUCUGCAGAAGAGAGUUGGACACCUUAAGAAACCUUUUCGAAUCUCUCUGGAAUAUGUUGCUAGUGGGAACAGGAGCGUAGCUGCCAUGGACUCCUUUGCAAUGAGGAACUGCAGUGCAGGAUCUUCUUCUGGCUCCAAAAUGGCCCUACAGGGUUCCUUCAACUGCUGGAAUGGAACAGUAAUCAAACUGGGACAGGCAUGUGAUUUCAUCAGGGACUGCGCAGAGGGAGAGGACGAGGGAGAUAUGUGCAAAAAGCUCCCCCCUGGCUUUUACUGUUCUUUUGAAGAAGGGGAUUGCGGCUGGACCCAGGGCUCUCUCGCCUCUCUCACUCCUUCAUGGCAGAUCGGAAACCUGGAGUACAGCCACUUCCCUUCACUAGAAGGUUGUGCACUCUUGCUAAACACCAGUGAGGUCCCAGUGGCAGAAACAACCAUCAUGACCAGCGCUGUGUUUCCAGCUCCAAUUAGGAAUUCUCCCUGUGAGCUCCGAAUGUCAUGGCUCAUCCACGGCUUCUUGUUUGGAAAUAUUUCCCUGGUCCUUGUCGAGAACAAAACGGGGAAGGAACAGAGCAGGACGUUCUGGCACUUCACUAACAGUGAGGGUUUGGGAGUCUGGCAGUGGAUGGUUUUAUCUCUUCCUGAUGUGUCAGACAGGUUUUGGCUUCAGAUCAUCACUUCAUGGGAAGAAGAAUCCGAUGCCAUUAUUGCUUUUGACAAUGUGUCUCUUAGCCUGGACUGUUAUCUAACAAUCAAUGGAGAGAAGACAUCUCGAGAUGCAGCUCCGGACUCGAGCAAUCUAUUCACCAAAGGAGACAGCCAGAAAAGGAUCAGAUUGGAACAAAAGAUUCUGGAGAGCCUCCAACUCAGCACUGUUCCCAUCUCUGGUCCUGCAGAUCAGUGGUUGUUCACCACAUGUGGUGCCAGUGGACCGCAGGGACCCACUCAGACCCAGUGCAACGACGCCUACAGAAACUCCAAUCUCAGUGUUAUAGUGGGGACUGAAGGAAUUCUUCAAGGUGUGCAGAUCUGGAGAGUGCCAGCGACCAAUACCUACAGCAUCUCAGGCUAUGGAGCAGCCGGUGGGAAAGGAGGGAAGAAUACUAUGGUGAGGUCCCAUGGUGUGUCCGUAUUGGGGAUUUUUGACCUCCAGAAGGAUGAUGCCUUAUACAUCUUGGUGGGCCAGCAAGGAGAAGAUGCCUGCCCUAGUACUAACCAUGUUAUACAGAAAGUAUGCAUUGGAGAGAAUAACGUGAUUGAAGAGGAGAUUCGAGUGAACAGGAGUGUCCAUGAAUGGGCAGGAGGAGGUGGUGGAGGGGGAGGAGCAACGUAUAUAUUUAAGAUGGAGAAUGGAGAGCCAGUCCCCUUGAUAAUUGCAGCAGGAGGUGGUGGCAGGGCCUACAGGGCCAAAACAGAUACUUUUCAUCCAGAAAGGCUGGAGAAUGAUUCAUCUGUUCCAGGGCUGAAUGGAAAUUCAGGAGCUGCAGGUGGUGGAGGUGGCUGGAAUGAUAACACUUCCUUCCUGUGGUCAGGAAAGUCCUUGCUGGAAGGUGCUACUGGAGGAAAAUCCUGCCCCCAGGCCAUGAAGAAGUGGGGGUGGGAGACAAGAGGGGGUUUCGGAGGGGGUGGAGGGGGGUGCUCCUCAGGUGGAGGAGGCGGAGGAUAUAUAGGUGGCAAUGCUGCAGCGGACAAUGACCCAGAGAUGGAUGGGGAGGAUGGUGUGUCCUUUAUUAGUCCACUGGGUACUUUAUACACCCCCGCACUAAAAGUGACAGAGGGGCAUGGAGAGGUGGCUAUUAAGCUGCACCUCAACUGCAGCCACUGUGAGCUUGAUGAGUGCCGUGUUGAUCUGGAGACUCAAAAGGUCAUUUGCUUCUGUGAGCCUGGGACAGACCUGGCUGACGAUGGUGUCUCUUGUGUAGCUGACCCCGUGGCUCAUCUCCCCCUCUCCUUGGUCUUGUCUGUCGUGACUUCAGCACUGGUUGCUGCCCUCAUUCUGGCUUUUUCCGGGAUCAUGAUAGUGUAUCGCCGGAAACAUCAAGAGCUGCAAGCUAUGCAGUUGGAAUUACAGAGCCCUGAGUACAAACUGAGCAGGCUGCGCACCUCCACUAUUAUGACGGACUACAAUCCCAACUACUGCUUUGCAGGAAAGACCACCUCCAUCAGUGAUCUCAAAGAGGUGUCUCGGAAAAAUAUCUCCCUCAUAAGGGGUUUGGGCCAUGGAGCCUUUGGCGAAGUAUAUGAAGGUCAGGUGGUGGGGAUCCCGAGUGACCCCAGUCCCUUACAGGUGGCUGUGAAGACAUUGCCAGAGAUGUGUUCAGAGCAAGAUGAGCUGGAUUUCCUCAUGGAAGCUCUUAUUAUCAGCAAGUUCAACCACCAGAACAUUGUGCGCUGUAUUGGGGUCAGCUUGCAGGCACUGCCACGCUUCAUCCUCCUGGAGCUUAUGGCUGGAGGGGACCUGAAAUCCUUCCUGAGGGAGACGCGGCCUCGACCGAGCCAACCCUCUUCCCUUUGCAUGCUGGACUUGCUCCAUGUGGCACGCGACAUUGCAUGUGGCUGUCAGUAUUUGGAAGAAAACCACUUCAUUCACAGGGACAUUGCUGCCAGGAACUGUCUCCUUACUUGUCAAGGGUCUGGGAGAGUAGCUAAAAUUGGAGACUUUGGAAUGGCCCGGGACAUAUACAGGGCCAGCUAUUAUCGAAAGGGAGGGUGUGCAAUGCUGCCAGUCAAAUGGAUGCCGCCCGAGGCCUUUAUGGAAGGAAUAUUUACAUCAAAAACUGAUACAUGGUCCUUUGGUGUGUUGCUGUGGGAGAUAUUCUCUCUUGGAUACAUGCCUUAUCCUAGCAAAAGUAACCAGGAGGUUCUGGAAUUUGUAACUAACGGAGGAAGGAUGGAUCCACCCAAAAACUGCCCUGGCCCCGUGUAUCGUAUAAUGACCCAGUGCUGGCAGCACCAGCCUGAAGACAGGCCAAACUUUGCCAUAAUACUGGAGAGGAUUGAAUACUGCACGCAGGAUCCCGAUGUUAUCACCACCGCUUUACCUGUGGAAUAUGGACCAUCCAUUGAGGAGGAGGAGAAGGUUCCAAUGCGCCCAGAAGACCCCAAAGCAAUCCCUCCUCUGGUGGUCUCCCCACACCAAAAGAGAGAGAGUGACAAGCAGGCCCUGCCUUCUCCACCCCCUCUGCCCUCAGCCGUCACAGUUGGAAAACCUUUGGCAAAAGUGGCAGCCCCCGAGCCUCCGGUCCCUGUUAAUGUGCGACCAGCCCUGGAAGGGGGACACAUCAACAUGGCCUAUGCGCAAUCCACCCUAGCUUCUGAGCUUCAGAAAGGCAGGGGGUCCAGAAAUAAGCCUACCAAUCUCUGGAAUCCAACAUACGGCUCCUGGUUUUCAGAGAAGCCUGUCGUCAAAAACAAUUCUCUGCUGGAGAAAGAGGUGUCUGAGAGGGAGAAUUUGGGGCACGAAGGAAACUGUACUGUGGGGCCCGGUGUUCUGACUAGCAGGCUGCCAGGCUCCUCUCUGCUCUUAGAACCGUCUUCACUAACAGCCAGCGUGAAGGAAGUGCCUCUCUUCAGGCUCCGCCACUUCCCCUGUGGGAACGUCAACUAUGGAUACCAACAGCAGGGCUUACCCCUGGAAGCCUCUGCCCCACCUUGCGCUAGCAAUUAUGAGGACUCUGUCCUUAGAAACAAGAGCCACGUAGCCCAUCAGGGGCCUUGAGAGCCCUCUGCACUCUUGACUCUCAUUCUGUGUGGCUCUUGAGCUUGGAGAGUAUUGUCCUUGUCAUCCAAGAGAGAGCAGACAGCGCUAACUUUCAUUAUGUGCCAACUAGCUCUGAAGUGCCACCCUUUGAAGCUGUGUUUUCAGAUAACCCAGAAGCUUCAACUCAUCGGAGCCUCUACUACUACGACGAAAAAGGGGGGAUAUUAACGUUAACUAUAAGGCCCAGCUUUCGGUUGCAUAAACUUAUAUGCAUGGUCAUUGUCGUGUCGUGCCCUUCCGUGUGCGCUUCUUCUCAAUUGUGUACGCUCCGCUUAAAUGUAAGGUCAGGAUUCACUGCCUGAGUGUUUCAUGUUUGGGGUUUUCCUUGCCAAGCUGCUGGUUGCUGUGGAAUGGGACACUUGAAAUCCCCUAUGGAUGGCAAUGGUAGGGAAAGAACCAUUUAUUCAAAACAAAAAGGAUAAAACAUCUUUGAAUGAAGACACCGGGGAACAUUCCCAAGUUGCAUUACAGCUGUAACAUAGUCUGCAGCAGCCCUUGAAUAUGCGGUAAUUACAGUAUCAUUGGCAGAGCAAUGGAGAGAUGCCAGUCACACUGUCUGGUUUGUGAGUAAGAUGGGAAGUUAACUAACUGUAGAGGAAGAGAAUGAAGUGCAAAAGGAGGAUGGUUUAUAUUUUUUUCAGACCCAAAGCCAAGGACUGUACUGGGCCUUUAAAAUUCUUUCUGUGCUACAGAAAGGAAGCAUUGUGUUCUACAGGAACUUCUUGUUGUUCAGUGGAAUUCAGGUGGAAUUUUACAGGGCCAGGCUUGUGUGAGAGAGAAGUUAAAAAGGCCUUUGCAGUGAGAAAUCACCAGUAGAUGGAAAUACAAAGGUCUGAAAUGCCCUUUGACAUGCCCUUUACUAACGACUCCAACCAGAAGGCUUGACCCCCAUCGGGAUUCUAGGUAGUGUCUGCAUUUCACGGGUUCGUUACCCUUGUUCCUUUAACAGAAUUCUUGUCUGCUAGUCCGUUAAAAGCCCAAAGCUGCACUGAUGCAUUCUGUACACCUUGUGCAUGAAACGUGUGUGGUUACAAGAUACACAUAAGAAUUGAAUUCAUUUGUAAAGAUGUACAUUAACAAUUUACAAUAUACUCCGAUGGGGCUGCCAAAGCAGCCGUGCUGCCUAAAAUACAUGGUGCCUAUUUCCAUAGAAAUAGGUCUAUGGGAGCAGCAGCAAAGGAAUAUAAAAGAGAUGGAUCUCGAUCCAAGACCUUUAACUUUGGGGGAGUGGUUCAGCAUCCAAUCUUGGAUCCAAACUUUGCAGUAAAUUCUCUAACGAAAGAAACCAGAGCCCCAGAUCAAAACACCCCAGUCUUUGGGGUGUCAGACACUCCCCCCCCCUUAAA